AUGGCAGGAAACUCCUUUGAUGAAUCUCCUCCCUCUACGAUCAAGGCUGUUUUGAAUACCUGCGUGCUCCCACCCCUAGAUGGCUCUAUUCCAUUUCCGCAAUUUGUGGACUAUCACCUGGAGAAAAGCCACAACCACCCCUUCUUCGAACUCGUAGGCACAGGUAACGAUGCUGACGAGACGAUUACCUGGGGCGAGGCCGCGCGUGCUACAUUAAGAUUGACGGCCAAAUUGAGAAAGCAGGUGCAUGUGACGGAGGAACAGCGGAAGGCAGGUGUUAUCAUUGCCAUAUUGGCGAACACGGAUUCUUUGGUAUAUUCCACCAUUGUUAUGGCGAUCAUGAGGGCUGGUUUCAUGGUAUUCCCACUGAGCACUCGCAAUUCUGUCCCAGCUUUGGAGCAUCUGCUCCAGAAAACUUCCUCCCUCUAUAUGUUCGGAUCUCUCCCAUCCCAAGGAACGCCUGCCACUGCGUUACAGGAAACGACCGCAACUUAUACCGACUUGUAUCCCCGUUUGAGCACUAAUCCGGCACUGCCGUACGAUGCGUUGCAAGAUGCGGUUCGAACUCCCGACCUUCCGCCGGUGCAAUCAUUCCCUGAAUACUCCUAUGUGGACCAGUAUAGCCCACUCGUUUAUCUUCAUUCAUCAGGAAGUACCACCUUCCCAAAGCCCAUCCCGAUGAACCACAGGUUCUGGAUGUCCGUCUGCAGGACUAUGAUGCAGGGUGGUUUCGAGACGAUGGGAACACGCUGGGGUCUCAUGAGUUUGCCCGUAUUCCAUGGCAUGGGUAUAUUCUUGAUAAUUGUUUCGGCUGCCGCUCACGGCACAAUUUCCGUCCUGUUCAAGCCGUCCAGCAUUCCAUCCAUACCCUCACCGGAGAAAGUUCUCGAGUGUUGUAUUCGUGGUAAGGUUGAUUAUUUAUUUACCGUGCCCAGCUUUUGCGUUGCCUGGUCGCACAACGAGGAAUCUGUUAAGUAUCUCGCCACGUUGAAGGGAGUAAUCGCUGGUGGUGGUCCUCUUGUGCCGGAGAUCGGCGACCGCCUCGUCCAAUCAGGGGUCAAUGUCUCUAUAGUAUACGGCACGACUGAAGUUGGCUUGAUCUUUCCUAUCAAUAUCAUCAAAGACGACCAGGCUGACUGGAAUUAUGGACAAAUAUACACUUCAAUGCGCGUCAAUCUUAUUCCUGAGGGUGAUAAUAUCGUGAGGGUCGUUGUUCUGGAUUCGGAUGCGCACCCGAUUGCAUUCUGUAAUCAACCCGAGAUAAAGGCCUUUGAUACGAACGAUUUGCUGGAGCAACAUCCCAAACGUAAGAAUCUGUGUGCUGACGAUCAAAUUAUGAUGUCAAAUGGGGAGAAGACGAACCCCGGCCCGAUGGAGAAUAUCAUUGGAGGAGAUCCAAACGUGAGAUCAUGUAUGACGUUUGGCAGGGGGCGCACACAAGUCGGCAUUGCAAUCGAGCCCGCUCAACCGAUUGACACCUCUAAUGAGGAAGAAGUCGCUAAAUUUCGCAAUCUCAUCUGGGUCAGCGUAGAAAAGGCAAACAAGCUCGCACCGCAGCACUCCAGGAUCUUCAAGGAAUUCAUACUUAUUAUCGAUCCGAGGAAGAAAACCUUUCUCAGGACUCCUAAGGGUAGUCUCUCAAGAAAUGCGUCUCUGAAGUUAUUCGCAGAGGAAAUAGAGGGGUUGUAUUCUGUGGCAGAACAGCCAACCAAGGCUGAGUGGGCCAAACCUCCUAAUGCUUGGGACGAGAGUGCCAUACAUGAGUUUGUUUCUCGUGUUGUGAAUGCUGUCAUCGGCCAGAAAAGACAACCUCCUUCGUCAAUUGCCGAGUCUCACGAUCUAUUUGAACAAGGGUGCGAUAGCUUACAAGCAACCUAUGUUCGUGCGGCCAUCACCAAUGCGCUCAGACACGCUUCUAAAUCCAGCGGAAAGUCAAAUAUCGCUGCCACUUCAGUACCACACAAUCUAGUCUAUAAGUUUCCAACUGUCAAAAGCCUUGUUGCGUACCUGACCAAGGCCAUCACUUCCACCGAGGGUGACGAUCUGCCUCAAAUGAACGACACUUCCGUGAUCGCACAUGACAUGUACUCCAUGAUCGACAAGUAUACGAAAGAUCUCCCACUGCAGCAGCCUGGUCCUCGCACGAUGUCCGGUGAAGUUGUCUUAUUGACUGGAUCGACCGGCGCCCUUGGAACAUACCUCCUUCAGCAGCUUUUGCUCGAUGAACGUAUCCAACGCGUGUACGCUAUCAAUCGCAUCAGCACCAACCAUGCUCUUCUCGCACGCCAGUCUGAAGCGUUCUCCGACAGGGGCGUGGACGUCAAGCUUUUGGAGUCCCCUAAGCUCAGGCUUAUUGAGACUGACGUUGGAGCUCCGAACCUUGGACUAAGUACGGAGCUAUCCAAUGAGAUCUGCGGCUGUCUGACGACAACCAUUCACAACGCUUGGCGUCUCGACUUCAACCUCUCCCUUUCAGCAUUUGAGCCUAAUGUGCGCUCUUCACGUGCUCUCGUCGACCUUGCCCUCCAGGCCCGCGGUGUGACACCGACCCAAUUCAUCUUCACCUCCUCGGUAGGCACGCUCACGCACUGGUCUGAAUCACGUCCUGUACCGGAAGAGCUAUUGCCCGAUCCGGCCAUCGCCACAGGCACGGGAUAUUCCGAAUCCAAAUGGGUUGUAGAACGUAUCAUUCUUGCGGCAGCUCAACAGCGUGGACUACGGGCUACAAUUUGGCGAGUUGGUCAGCUGGCCGGGAGUACCACGAACGGAGCAUGGAAUACGACCGACUGGCUUCCUCUGUUGGUGAAGAGUGGAGAGAAGCUAGGCGUUCUACCCGAGUUACGUGGUGUUCUGAGUUGGCUCCCAACAGACAAGGCUGCGCAAUCAAUAUUGGAUGCCAUGCAUUCCAGGGUUAAGGAUCCUGUAGGCGCAGCAGAGUAUCUUCACCUCGUACACCCGCAUCCCGUGUCCUCCGAAGUAGUGAUGCAGAGUAUCGCCUCUCAUCAAUCGUGCGAGCUCGUCCCAUUUUCUGAAUGGGUCCGCAAGCUCGAGCAGGCCGCAGAAGAUCACACGGCCGUGCACAACAACCCUGCGAUUAAGCUACUGGAAUUUUUCCGUGGUGUCGAGGCCAGCGAAGCCAGUCAGAUUCAACAUAGAGAUAGCGGAGAGAGUGGCGAACGUUACAAGGCGAGGGAAGCAAUUGGCUUGGCAGAUCUGGAGACUACGAAAGCAGAGGAGAAGAGCCAGACGCUAAGGGAGCUGAAGCCUUUGGGUGAAGCGGAUGUUCAGAAGUGGUUGCACUACUGGAAGAAUAAGGGCUUGUUGGUCUGA